AUGCUAGGAACCGUCGAACCAGCUCUGUCAGUCAGCCUUUAUCCCAAUCCGGGGUUCCAGGGCUCAUCCUCUCUGAAUUCUGUACUGGAUAAUUUGCGAGAGCAAACUACAUUAUUUAGGGAGCCGGAGCCUAGCUUAUCAAUUUGUCGCGAUGGCGAAGGUCCGACCUCUUUUGCGGACCACUCGAUGAACAGCACGUCAACAGUCGAGGGAGCGCAGCUGUUAGAAUUACUUAUCAACUCCGCCAUUGACAACACCUUCAGGCAGAUUUUCUCCGAGUGGACAGGGAAUGGGCUGGAGUCGCAUGUUGGCGCGUUCCUUGUCCUGCCCUUUGUUGACUCAAUCACGGAAGAGAUUGCACGUCUACGGCGUUCUGAAACCCGACAAUCCGACAUUCUUACUUUGUCACGUCAUUUGUUUGAGAAUAGCAGUCGAGACGUGGAUAUCCACCGUUCGAUGACAUUGCAGGAGUUUGUCGGUCGGUAUACGGGUUCGAAUUUACGCUGGGAGACAUUGGGGGUGGUCCUUACGCUUGCUGGGUAUGUACUGAAAGCUGUCUUCUGCAUGUCUGUUCUAACAGAUUUGAUACAAAUGGCUGACAAAAUAUAUAGAAUUGCUACUGCAGAGUUACGCGCACCACACACUCUGUAUAACACCGAGCAAGACCGGCAGACGCUGCGAAUGAAUUUUGUUCAUUUCGGAAACAAGUGCGCCAUCUUUUGCGAGUCCUUGGAUGUACUCAACGACGUUCACAUAAUUUUUCUAUACCAAACAUUUCAAUUUCAGUCGGUCUUCUACGGAGAUCAAAGUAUGUUACAAAUACGACCUUUGCAUAUCAAAAGGAAAGUAGACUGA